UCUUUUCCACUGACCCCUAUGAGCCCGAUGCUGGAUGGCCAAGCCCCCAUGGAGGCUGGGUGUGCAGAGGAGGGCCCUGGACCCAGGAUCUUCAGAACAGAGCCGGGAGACUCACUGCAGAGGCCUGAGGCCCAGCAGCCACCCACCUCUUGGGCAGGGCGCUGGUGCUCCAGGCGGUGCAGCUGUGCAGUGCUGGGAGCCCUGGGGUUGCUGGCCGGUGUGAGUGUUGGCUUCUGGCUUCUAGGGCUGUAUCCGGGGCCAGCUGCCUCUCAGCUCAUCCCUGGAACCUUGCAGGAUGAGAAGACGACUUUGAGCUGCUCAGAGGCCAAUGGCAAGGAAGCCCUGCCCCCCUCACUUUCCAGAACAGUGUCUUUCAGAAUAAACACGGAGGACUUCCUGCUGGAGGUGCAGGUGAGGCCCUUGCCGGGCUGGCUCCUGGUCUGCCGCGAGGGCUGGAGCCCCGCCCUGGGGGUGCGGAUCUGCCGGAGCCUUGGGCACCUCAGACUCACUCACCACAAGGGAGUGAACCUGUCUGACAUCAAGCUCAACAGCUCGCAGGAGUUUGCUCAGCUCUCUCCUGGACUGGGGGGCCUCCUGGAGGGGGUGUGGCAGCCCAGGGACAACUGCACUUCUGGCCAGAUCGUUUCCCUCAAAUGCUCUGAGUGUGGUGCAAGGCCCCUGGCUUCCCGGAUAGUUGGUGGGCAGGCCGUGGCUCCUGGGCGCUGGCCCUGGCAGGCCAGUGUGGCCCUGGGCUCCCGGCACAUGUGUGGGGGCUCCGUGCUGGCUCCACACUGGGUGGUGACCGCUGCACAUUGCAUGCACAGUUUCAGGCUGUCCCGCCUGUCCAGCUGGCAGGUCCACGCGGGGCUGGUCAGCCACAGUACGAUCAGGCCACACGAGGGGGCCGUGGUGGAGAGGAUCAUCCCCCACCCUCUCUACAGUGCCCAGAAUCACGACUAUGACGUCGCCCUCCUGCGGCUCCGGACACCGCUCAACUUCUCAGACACCGUGGGUGCUGUGUGCCUGCCGGCCAAGGAGCAGGAUUUUCCAAGGGGCUCUCAGUGCUGGGUGUCUGGCUGGGGCCACACCGACUCCACCCGCACCCACAGCUCAGACUCGCUGCAGGACACGGUGGUGCAGCUGCUCAGCACCCAGCUCUGCAACAGCUCCUGCGUGUACAAUGGAGCCCUCACCCCUCGCAUGCUGUGUGCCGGCUACCUGGACGGGAGGGCUGACGCCUGCCAGGGAGAUAGCGGGGGCCCCUUGGUGUGCCCAGAUGGGGGCACCUGGCGCCUUGUGGGGGUGGUCAGCUGGGGCCAAGGCUGCGCAGAGCCCCAGCACCCAGGCGUCUACGCCAAGGUUGCUGAGUUUUUGGACUGGAUCCAGGACACAGCGUGGGUCCACUAGAUGGAGAAGAAGCCGACCCCGAUGCAGAAAGAACGGAUCUCC